UGUUUUUCUCUCCAGUGCGGCUUUGACUUCAUACAAGGAAGGUCGUAUUACUAUGGCUGUGCGUUUAGGCCGUGUUACGAGUUUGUUGCGUCAAUGUACGGGCAAAACCGGUACGCGAUGCAUGUCUCAUUAUCCGAUUGAUGAGCAUGUGUUUGGACUUUCUAGUGAACAGCAACAACUGCGGCAAUCAGUAUUCGACUUCGCGCAAAAAGAAUUGGCACCCAAAGCGGCACAGAUAGACAAAGAAAAUAAUUUUGUAGAGCUUAGAGAAUUCUGGAAGAAAUGUGGCGAAAUGGGGCUUUUGGGCAUAACAGCGAAUCCCGAAUAUGGCGGCACCGGAGGAAAGUACUCAGACCACUGUGUUAUCAUGGAAGAACUAUCCAGAGCCAGCGGUGGUGUAGCACUAUCCUAUGGAGCACAUUCCAAUUUGUGCGUGAAUCAGAUCAACAGAAACGGCACUGAUGAACAAAAGAGCAAAUAUUUACCAAAACUAUGUUCAGGAGAACACAUAGGUGCCUUAGCCAUGUCAGAGCCGGGAGCUGGUAGUGAUGUCGUAUCAAUGAAGUUACGUGCGGAGAAGAAAGGCGAUUACUAUGUACUGAAUGGAAACAAGUUCUGGAUCACUAAUGGACCCGAUGCUGAUGUUUUAGUGGUCUAUGCCAAAACAGACACUUCAAGUAAACCACAGCAUGGCAUAUCAGCUUUCCUCAUAGAGAAGGGCUUCCCAGGGUUCAGUACUGCGCAGAAAUUAGACAAGCUCGGCAUGAGGGGGUCCAACACUUGUGAACUGGUUUUUGAAGACUGUAAGGUGCCAGCAACAAAUGUCCUAGGAGAAGUAAACAAAGGAGUGUACGUCCUAAUGUCUGGUCUAGACUUAGAGCGACUGGUAUUAGCUGCAGGGCCCGUGGGGCUGAUGCAGGCGGCGAUAGAUACCUCCUUUGGGUACGCGCAUACGAGGAAACAGUUCGGCAAGAGUAUUGGCGAGUUUCAGUUGUUGCAGGGUAAAAUGGCGGACAUGUACACGACACUGAGCGCGUGCAGAAGCUACCUCUACAGCGUGGCGAAAGCGUGUGACGAAGGCCACGUGAACAGCAAGGACUGCGCCGGAGUCAUUCUGUAUUGCGCUGAGAAAGCCACACAAAUCGCCUUGGAUGCUAUUCAAAUACUCGGUGGUAAUGGUUACAUAAAUGACUACCCAACAGGCAGACUACUCAGAGAUGCGAAACUUUACGAGAUUGGUGCCGGAACAUCAGAAGUCAGAAGAAUGCUCAUUGGCAGAGCAAUCAACAGUGAAUACAAAUGAAACAAAUUAGCCAAUAUGUUAUAAUGAUUCCAGUUAUUUAUUAAAGUUUCUAAAAAAGCCA